GACAACUAUCGAAGCACAAAAUCCUUAAAAUCUGUGGUACAAAUAAUAUAGAAAUUUGAAUGGUGUUGUGUUUUGAAUUUGAACUUUUGACCUUUUUAGCUAAUUUUUAUUUAUUUCAAACCUAAGCUAUUAUAUACAUUUAAAGUUAAAAUGUCUCAAGGUAAAAUUGUUUUGAUGGCUUGUGGAAGCUUUAGUCCGCCGACGUACAUGCAUUUACGAAUGUUUGAAAUAGCAAAAGACUAUAUACAUUCCCUCGGUCUUGGUGUAAUAGUUGGAGGUAUAGUAUCACCAGUACAUGAUGCAUACGGAAAAAAAGAUUUGGUUGCUGCAAAUCAUAGGAUAGCAAUGCUCAGGUUAGCAUUACGGUCGUCUAGCUGGAUCAAAGUGUCAGAGUGGGAGACUCAGCAAUCUGGCUGGACAAGAACAAGAGCAUCUAUGCAAUACCAUCAAAAUACAAUAAAUACGGCAAAUAACACGGAUCCUCCAAUAUGGUUACCCGACGACAUCCUCAACGUUAACAUCGAAGACCAAAACUCGAAUCACAUAAAUGGUAACAGCGAAGACGUUACAGUUAAGUUGCUGUGCGGUGCUGAUCUACUAGAGUCCUUUGCUACUCCGGGGCUGUGGUCUGAUGAUGACUUAGAAGCGAUUUUGGGUCGUCAUGGCAUAGUGGUUGUGUCUCGGGCUGGCAGCGACCCUGGCAGGUUCAUAUACGAGUCAGACAUGCUUUAUAAAUAUAGGAAAAACGUCAUACUGGUAACAAAUUAUAUAGUGAACGAAGUAAGCUCUACAGUUCUCAGGCGGCUCUUGCGCAGGAACGAAAGCGCUAAAUACUUGACAGAUGACAACGUCAUCUCUUACGUACGACAGAAUCAACUCUAUGGGAGUAAGGCCAAUGUCACUGAGUAUAACACAGAUAUUAUGUACGAUAAGUCACCCCAAGAUGUCGUUAUGGCGUCGCCAGAAGAGACUAGCUUCAAAAACAUUCUCAUCUCAAUUCGAGACAAGCCUUCAAUAAUUGACGAAACUAUAACUGUCAAACGGUCCAAAAAGUCCAUUCUAUCCCACACUGACACUGUGACGCCCAUAAACAACCUUAAACCAAAGAUGGCGUACAUUGACAAGGUGUCACCAACCUACGUACCCGGAAAAGCUGUCAAAAUCGUCAGUGACGUCACUCAACAUACCAUAGACAAGGGAGGAGGUUGCCCUUUGUAGCUGACAUGUUGCGCGUCGUGCGACCACAAGUCGCCCUACGCGCCUAUAUAGUCGCGUAAAUUGUGACAUCUAGAAUAUUGUAUUGCUUUAUAGUCGAGAUGCUUUUUGUAAACACCUGUUAGCAUUGGUGUAUAGGGCUAUUUAUCUAUGUGAACUUUCCUAUGUGUAUGUAUUGCAUAAAAUAUCAAAUCGGCAAUUUUGUGUGGGCACACCCGUCUGUAAUUAAAAUAUUUGUUAUUUACUUAUACAUUCAAUAACUAUUUACGGCUUAUAGUAUGUUUGCAAAGGGUUUACCUAGUUUUAGAUAAAUUAUUUGCAAUAUGUAAGUGUAAUUUUGCCAUAAAUACUGCUUAAUCUUAAUAGAUGAUUCUCAUGUUUGUUAGAACGAAGUGUAAUGACGUAAUUCAGCCAGAAGAUUUACUUUGUAAUAACUUAAUAUUUUAUGUGUAUAGAGUAUACUAUUUUUCUAUACAAUUAGUGUUUUGUUUUAGUAUAAAAUUUAUUGAAAUGUUAAUAUUUUUUGGCUUUAUUAAUUGACUAACCAUUAAAAGUUAAUAUUUUAGCUUACUCAUUUUAAAGCUAUUACUAUUUAUUGUGGUUAUUUCAGAUAAAGAUUAUUAAAAUUUAUUUUU